AUGCAGAACCCAUUCACCACCGCCAUCCUCCUCCUGGCCGCCCUGUCGGCUUCGGUGCUCGCCUCGCCCGCGUCCGGCAGCGACGCCGCCGAGGGGAGCAUCAAGGUCGUCUCCCGCCAGUUUACCGAAACCGUCCUCUCGACGCAGGCAGCAUGCCUCCAGUACGGCAUGAUAGCCAACAUGUCAGUCGUCGGGGGCAACAGCAGCUACCGCACCGUCUUCCUCGAGCAGAGCCAGACCGGCACCCUCGCGAACUCGGCCAUGCUCAACAAGGCCAUCCUCGUCGCCCCGAAUCUGACCGCCGAUGUCGAGCUCAACCAGGCAUGCGGAAACUUGACCGCGAUCGCGAUCCAGGAGGCUGCCCUCAACUUCACGCAGGGCAAGGUGGCCCAGUUCACCUUCACCGGCACACCGGGCUCGAUCGAGAGCGGACCGAUCAUCAUCGUCGUGGUGCUGCUGUGCUUGCUCAUCCAGGUGGCCCCUCUGACGGCAUUGUGA